AAUGACUUGAAUUAAAUGCCGCUUGCCUCCGUCGUUUAAAGAAAGUGAAAUUAGCCGUCAGUACAACAAUCGAAAAGAGAAGACGUUGUUCUUCGAUCUUUCAACCAUUGGAGCAGUUUCUUGAAGAUUUCCUGUAACCUUAUUGCGCAAAGUUUUGGUGAGUGUGUUUCUUUAUAAACGACAAAAUCAACUUCAAUAAUCCGGAUGAAUAUUCGAGAAGAUAUCUUUCCACAAAUAGCUAGGAACUCUUUUGAAACUGUGGAUUCAAUUAGAAGCCUAAAGUGCCUAAAAGGCGUGGUCUUUCCACAUUCGGCAGUAAUUUUAUUCAGAAUGGCGAAUUUCAUACUAUCGCCUUGGAUUCGAACUCAUCUCUGCACAUUCAAAAUGAAGCGCGGUCCUCUUGAUAGGUUCUUUCAAGGUCAAAAAACUCUUGAAACUGAUUCCGGAAAGAGUGACUUCAAUGUAAAAAAGUCUAGAAUACAGUCACAAAACUUGCAGAAACUUUUGCCAGAUGUUGACAAAGAAAAUGCAAGUAUGGAUACUGGUCGAAAUUCUCAUAAAAGUCCGAAUCGUUUUGUAGAAUCUUUGGGAACACUAGUAGACGAGCUUCUCGUGGAUCUGGAGCCUUCCUGGAAGAAGCAACUAUACCCUAUGUUGGACCAGAAAACUUUAGAAAAUUUGGCUCAAUUUGUAUUGCAAGAACGUAAGAGAAAGGUUAUCUUUCCACCAGAGCCUUUGGUAUUCAACGCAUUUAAAAAAUGUCCUUUUAACAAAGUAAGGGUUGUUAUUGUUGGUCAAGAUCCUUACCAUGGUCCUGGCCAAGCUCAUGGUCUUUGCUUUUCGGUACCUACAGGAGUCAAAUGUCCUCCAAGUUUGGAAAAUAUUUUCAAGGAACUAGAAACUGAUAUUCCUGGUUAUAGACGACCAGCACAGGGAAAUUUGGAACAUUGGUCUGAACAAGGUGUCCUUCUGUUAAACUCUGUUCUCACUGUGGAGGCACAUAAACCCGCUUCUCAUUCCAAUAGAGGUUGGGAGUAUUUUACAAACGAGGUCAUAAAGCUGUUGAAUGUCAACUGCAAUGGAAUUAUAUUCCUUUUAUGGGGAAAGUAUGCCCAACAAAAAGGAAAAGAUAUUGACCGAAAGAGGCAUCAUGUUCUUAUUGCAGCACAUCCAAGUCCUUAUUCUGCAGCAAAUGGCUGGUUUGGCUGUCGACAUUUUUCGAAAGUGAACGAUAUUCUCAAAUCAAAGCAAGAAGUUCCUAUCAAUUGGUAAAUAAUAAUGAGUAUAUCUUUCGCUUGUUGGCGACAUAUCUCUUUGUCAAGAAUUAUAUUCAAAUA